CAAAUGCACUGAUGCAUGACUUUCCACUAUAUGCAGCAGCUUUUCCUUUUGUGGUGGGGUAACCUGAUUCCCAAGGCAACUGUUGCCACUGCAAAACACUCAGUGAAUGCACAGGCAUGUCACGGUUUAAUGUCUAACUAGUUCAAGGACUGUCAUUUGCUAUAUUUACAUCACGAUUUGUGUUCUAAUUUACUGCCAAAAGAGCUGCAACUUUAAGAACCUAAAUAAAUCGUGUAUAGGGUUUAACGUUUUGGAAAGUUUCCGCAAAGACUGGAUUUCUCUAGUGGGCACGGAGAAGAAACAGCUUGAACUACAAAAUGAGACUGCCAGCCAUCUCCUUAGCUCCCACACCAGUGUGUUUUCCUUACAACACACCUCCUGUCCGGCAGAGUCCCAGCCUGGUGGUCCCGCCCAGGGCAUUUCCCAUCAUCUCAGACUCUGCCCGCCUGUGCACAAGCACUCAGAGUAUUCCAAGACUGAACCCCUUGCAUCCCCCUUUGGUCCUUAAACGUACCGUCAGUCUGGAGACGCCAGCUGUUCACCACCACAACCACCAGAGGACACUCAUCAUGCAGAGGAGAGAGCAUUACAGAUAUCAUCAAGUGUGGCGAAAACCUUUUUAUGGAACCAGCGUUGAGCGAGAAGAAUACAGGAAGGACGUGCGGGAGCUCCUGAAAAGACAGAUGGAGGAGAAAUAUGCAGCACUAAAACUGCAGCUGGCCAGUAAGGUCAAGGAAGCAGAGUGUCUAAGAGAAAAGGAGUGCAUUGCCCUGUCCAGUGAAAAAGAGCAAAGGAUCCAGCAAAGAAAAGCAAUGACUGCAUACAGAGAUGAGAACAAGAGGCUAAUGGAACAGAGCUGGAGAGACAGAGCACUCACACGCUCCCAGGAGGCCCUGAAGGAGCGAGAGCUGCUGUGCCUUAACCCCAUUAACUGGAGUGGAACAUUGAAAUAGGCGGAACUUUCACAUCUCUCUGAAGCACUUGGUCAUGCUUAAGUGCCACAUGGUAAUGAUAUGCAACAUGAUGUAUCAAUUACGUCUUAAUUACAAUUACCAACUAUUAAAUACAGAAUGUUUCUAGGAUUUUUUUCAAACUUAGAUAAAAUCAUGAUACGUUGUAAUGUCUCAUUAAGUCAUCUGAUUAUAUAAGAAUUUAUUUUUCAUUCUUACUUGUUGAGGGAUGCUAUACAGCAAAGGUUCAGGAGCAGGACAACAACUUAGCCACGCCUCUUCCUGCACUCUUAUAAAUUCAGUCCUAUCCCUCUCCUCCUCUUUCGUUGCUUGUAAAACACUUAAUGAUGCCAAUAUAUUCUCUCAUUUUUUCAUGCAUUCUUUCUCUUUCUUAAAACCUGGAAUCUACUGAACCCACAAUCAACUUAACCACCAACAUUGCUGUUGGAUAUUGAGUUUCAUUAUACUAUUAGUGACUAAUGAAGCCUCAGGCAUUUAGCCUCAAGCGUAAACACAGAGCAUCAAUAGAGAUCUACAAACAGCAUUGCAUUGCAUUGCAUUACACACCACCAUUUUUUUCUCUUCUUUUUUUUUUUUAUGUAUUUUUGGGUCUUUUUAUGCCUUCAAUGAGAGGGUACAGUGGCUAGCUGGAGAGAGAGAGUAGGGAAUGACAUGCAACAAAGGGCUAGAAUCAAAUCCCAGGCUGCCUGCUCUGAGGACGGAAGCUUCUGUACAUGGGUUGUGUGAUUUAACUGCUGGGCCAAACCAGUGCCCUGAUGUUUUUCUCAAUUUUAAAGUUGUACCUUUACAUAUAACACUUCGUACAACUUUCUUCUAUACAUACAAAGUACGUUGAUUUUAUAAAACAGAUGGUGUUUGGUGAUUUCUUUAAGGGCAUCCCCUAGUCACUGACUUCCUCUAUCUUCCGUGAAUUUUCAAAAUUGGAAACUUUCCAUGGGAAUUAAUGGGAAUUUAUGGGAAUAAACCAGGAAUUUACUAAAUUGAAGGUUGGCUCUUAAUA